AUGAUGAUCAUUUGGUUUCAUCAAACUGAUCGAGGGUAUGAUGGUAAAUAUGUGCUACUUGGGGACACUAACGCACGCAACAGAAGAAUAGAAGAAGCGACAUCGAAAGCUACAGCUUUUGAAGACAGCUCUUCUCCACUCUCCCCUUUCUCCCCCACCGAUGGGGCUCUAGGGAACCGUAACGCUAGCUUCGAUCCCUACCCCCGAUCGGAUCAGCCCCUGGCGUUUCCAUCUCGUUUCUGGCCAUCGGUGCUGGAGGCGGUGGCUGCAGAGGAGAGGUGCGCGCGCGCGGGAGGGGAGAUAGUGAGGAGCCGCGAGAUCGGCAGGUUCGCUCGGAUGGCCCGAGUCACCGCCACGGGUGUGCCCGAGAAGUUUCAGAGUAUCCAGCUCCAGGAAGAGUUUGACACCUUUGAUUGCGACGUCCAUAUGUUUCCAGAUCUACAAUAUCUGAAGAAGCGGUCUAAGAUAAUCGAGAUUGUUUCUGUAAAGGAUGUUAUUUUCGUUGUUGCUCAGUCGGGUCUAUGUGCUGCUUUUAGUAGAACAACAAAUAAAAGAAUAUGCUUCUUGAACAUAAGCCCUGGUGAAAUUAUUAGAAGCAUAUUUUAUAAUAAGAAUGAUGAGUCUCUUAUUACGGUGUCGGUUUAUGCAUCAGAUCAUUUCAGUUCAUUGAAAUGCAGGACAACUCCAAUCGAAUAUAUUAGGAGAAAUCAAUUGGAUGCCGGGUGUCCUCUUUUUGAAACUGAGUCAAUAAAAUGGCCUGGUUUUGUUGAAUUUUGUGAUAUGAAUUGCAAAAUACUGAUAUAUUCGAGCCAAGAUGGCACAUACAAGGUUUUUGACCUGAAGAACUACUCCUUACUGCACUCCAUAUGUGACAAAGAUAUAGUGGACAUCAAAAUAAGCCCCAGCAUGAUGCUGCUUGUGUACCAAAGAACUCUUGGUCAUGUACCACUGAAGAUACUGUCAAUCGAAGAUGGCAAAGUCUUGAAAUCUUUUAAUCACUCGCUACACCGCAACAAGAAGGUUGACUUCAUCGAACAGUUCAAUGAGAAGCUCCUGGUGAAGCAAGAAAAUGAGAACCUGCAGAUUCUUGAUGUGUGGAAUUCAGAUCUCAUCGAAGUUAGCAGGACAGAGUUCAUGACACCUUCUGCGUUCAUCUUCCUCUAUGAGAAACAUCUUUUCUUGACAUUUAGAAACAGGACUGUGGCAGUGUGGAAUGUUCGUGGAGAGCAGGUUGCAUCAUUCGAGGACCACCUCCUGUGGCACCCAGAUUGUAAUACCAACAACAUUUACAUAACAACCGACCUGGACCUCAUAAUCUCCUCCUGCAAGGCCGAAAAUGUAUGCCAUGAUGAGGGAGAAGUGCCUUCUGUUGGUUCUAUCAAUGUGGGCGACAUCCUCACCGGGAAGUGCAUAGCAAAGAUAUGUCCGCUUGAUCCUCAUCUCCAGAUUGGCCCUCGCAAGCGAGGAGAUGCAGGCCGGUCUACCAUCGGGAGUACCAUCAAGGAAGCUCUCGAGAAUGUCACUGCUCUCUUCUACGACGAGGACAGGAAUGAGAUCUACACCGGCAACGAGCAAGGUUUGGUUCAUGUCUGGUCGAAGCCUCAUAUUAGCAGAGAUAAUCUCCCGGCCUGUCUAUAAUUUGGAUUGCCUUUCAUAGCAUCCAUCAACCAUGCUUCCUCUGUUGUUGUGUCUAGCUGGAAUAAUCUCAUGUUUAUGGCUGUUAGGCUUUUAAAUGACUCUUUAUCUUGCUUUUAGUUAGAUAAAAGAACUACUGGCUCUGUACUUGUUACCAUAUGAUUGAAUGCUGUUUAUAGUUGUGCUAA